UCCAAACCAUCCAUCCUCCCCAAAGCCCGAAUGGCUGUUUCCAUGUCAGCCAACAAAGCCUUCAAACAAGUAGGAAUAGGCUUAGCUUCAACAGCCAUGAGUGCCUUACUAACCACCAAUGCUCUCGCCUUUGAUGUCCUCGUAGGUGGAAAAGAUGGCUCCUUGGCUUUUUUUCCAAGCGAGUUUUCAGUGAAGGCCGGAGAGCAGAUCGUCUUCACAAACAAUACUGAAGGUUUAUCUCACACUGUAAUGUUUGAUGAGAAAAAGGUUCCUCCAGGCGUUGUUGCUUCUGCUAUCUCUAUGAAGGAGAAGGAACGGCUUCUUGCGCUUGGAGAGGCUUAUUCUGUCUCUUUGACUGUUAAGGGGACUUACACUUUUUAUUGUUCUGAACAUCAGAAAGAUGGGAUGGUGGGGAAAGUUACCGUUAAUUGA